UUUUUAUAUAACUAUGAAGAACAAGUUGUGUUUAGUUGUGCUUUUAGUUGUUUCUUUUGGUGAAAUAGCCGAGCUGUCCAGUGAUUUCAAGACGCUACUCAGGGAUAUAACGCCGAAUUUCGAAGAAAACUUGAACCGCGCUUUUAGAAAUGAAGCAGUUCGAAAUCACCACAAAAGAAAAACCUACGUACACAAAAUCGAUAACACAUUUAUGUCAUUGGGAGAAACUAAAAUCGAGCUACGCAACCUGAAAUUCCCAUGGAUUCCCGAUUUCCGUAUCAACUACAUGUCGGCAAAUCUGCCGAUGCUGUGUCUGGAUGUCAGCUUUAAGCUGGGAGCGUUGCGCAUCGAUGGCGAGUUUGAAGCUAACAACUUUACCCUGCAAAAGCUGCUACCGGUCUCCAACAACGGUAAAAUAGCAAUAUUAUUCAAAGAAGUAGUUGUUCAAGGAAAAAUAGGAUUAUUAAUAGAAGAAGAUUCACUUAAACCCACAAAUUAUGAUCUGAACUUUAUCAAUAAUGAAACAGAAAUAACUGUGAGCUACUUCGUUGACGACGAAAAUGAAAUUGAAAACAAAAUUACCAAGUCAAAUGGAGAACAAAGCUUAGGGGAUUCUGUAUGGGGACAGCUGACUGAUAUUUUAACAGAAUUACUUCAUCGCCAACUGGCUGAAGUGGUGGUGGAAUUUUCUUUGACUGAAUUAUUAGUGGAUCAGGAUGAACAUCUUAGGGAUAUAUUUCGCGAGCACUCCAAUCGUGCCAACCGCCUACUUGACUCUUUAUUAUGUAAAGCCAAAGACUACUUGGUGGCGAAAAAUCACCGAUCCGUUAAAACUCCGGCAUUUGACGUGAUUUUCCGGGGAAAACCCUCCGGCCUUGAGCAGGGCAUGUUGAAAACAGAAGACGGCUACGUGCAGGACCUGUCGACGCUAUCCAGGAUGCAAGGACUCAGCUUGUACGAGGACGAUAACGACCUUGUCGUUUAUGGCAGUUUAACUUUAAGGGAAUUUAAGCAUGGGUAUGAGAAAUACCGAAGCACCUUUGAAGGCAACAAAAUCAGCGGAAGCAUUAGGACCAGCAUAUAUAAAAACAAAAUUUUCGUCAAAAUAGUAAUUCGAAAAAAACCGGAGCUUUGCCAUACACGCUUGGAAACUGUACAAGCUAACACUGUCAAAGACAUUGAUGUGGACGCCUCUGGACUGGCAUCCCUCAGCUGGCUUGUCCCAAGACUUGAAGCUUGGGUAAUUGCUAAUCUUCGAUAUCAAACAUUACCGGUUUUGGAAAAAUACAUCAAAGAAGCAUUUGACCAUGCCAUCAACAGCACUGACUGUAUUGCUCUCAUCGCUGAUGCUUGAUCUACUCAUGAAAAAAACCCUGCCCGGUUUUUAUCUAUUAAAUUAAG